UAGUCUUCGAGAUUAGUUGAUGUGAUGCCUUCGUCAAGCCAAAGUUCAAGGAUUAAAAGGUCACUUCGAGUGACAAAAUUCGGGUCAAGUGUCAAUGAGCUGCUUCGUUCACAGACACUCCAUUUACCACAGACAAUUGGAGAUUUAAAAACUAACAUUGGUCAAUAUUGGUUUCCAAUGUUAACACUUAUCAAUCUAAUUGUAAACACAAUUAAAUUUUCCACAUUGAUUAUGAUUAAUCCGACCAGUGAUCUAAUUUUAAUCCUCGGUGAUCCUUCACACUUUCUAGGUGAAUCCCGUCUCUAUUUGUUAACCUUAAAUUUCAUCUGGUGUGUGAUUGCAUGUAUUCACGGAGUCCACUUUGUAGCACAUACAAUGUGUCCGGUCAGUUCAGCCCAGAAAACUUGGCUUUGUAUCGGUGAAAUCCUGGAAACCGGUCAAUACAAGAAGUGGGGUCACUUUGACGAUUUGGCCAAACAGUUUCGUCGAUUGGUUAAAGCAAACACUUGGUUAAUUACUUCAGCUUAUUUUUUCUUCCUCAGUUUGUUACCCGUAUUCAAAGCCCCCAGGCAGUUCAUCUUUCCCAUGAGCGUUAAUCUAUUUCUCAAUACAUGGUGUUGUUAUUACAUUAUGACACUUUCGAUAAAUUUUGUCUUCAUUUAUGUCCUUUAUGCUUAUGUUUGGAUUGAGUAUCUCAAGUUUCUCACGGUGACAACUCUCACAAUCAAUGUCCAUCCGAAUGAAGGUGAACCCUUGACCAUUGAGAACGACGAUUUCAUUCCCGGUAAAAGGAUUCGAUUCAUUGUAACUCAUUUUACUGAACAUUUCCAAGAAUUUAUAUUCAGUGAUCUUUUCCAUGGUAUUAAAAAUUCACUCAAUUUUCUGGUUACUUUUAUCGCUUAUAUUAUCAUCGUAUUUUUGAUCUUUUUCACCUCGAUACCUUCGUCAAUCAAAGUGGCCAUGAUUUGCUGUGGGAUUUCCGGUUCCUUUUUCGGUCAUUAUAUUCAAUUUCUCAUCGGUAUAUACGGUCAAUCUCAGAUAAUUAAAACCUCAAAUUGUAUAAGGAAAAUACUUUAUACUAAAUCAUCAGUUGAAUCAAAAUUAAUUGUCCUUCUUUUCAUUGACCAUUUAGUUGAUAGAAACUUUUUUACAAUCCUGGGCUCAUUAAGAUAUACAACUAAAAACUUAAUUCUGGUCAUCAUGGAGUCUAGUGUAUUAUUAUUGUUAUGUAUUUCAAAUGUUAACCGUUGCUGACCAUUGGCCAGAAUCAUGAAGUACAAAUGUGUCAACAUUGGGUUUUUGUAUGUACGAUGAAAGUUAA